CAGUGUCGUCAACAGUACGAGAAACUUGUAGCUGCCGAAAAGGUGAAACUUGAAAGUGCAGAAAAGGAAAGUGAAGAGGAGGAAGGCACAGAUGAAGAGAAGGAAUCUCAACCGGCAGCACCCGUAACAGUGAUAAAGAACGAACAUCCUGAGGUGGAGCAUGACCCAAGUGGUGAAAGCAGUGCGACAUUAAGCGCUGAUGAAGUAGUGGUCAGUCACGACGAUCGAAUAAUGCAUUCGCCUAGCGUAUCGUCAUCUUCGGCAGUCACUUCAAAAUCGUCUGUGAUCACGAAUCCACAAAUCUAUAAACCUCGAUUCCGUGGUUCGUCCUCCACUCAGCAGACCACUUCGUCUGAGUCCACUGGUUUAGCAACCCCAGAAUCCGCAGAUAUUUCGUCGAUUAUCAAACGAGAGGUGAGAACUCGGAACAAUUUGAUAUAUAAUGUGAUGAUAUAA